UCUCUCUUCAAGGCUUCAAUCCUUUCUUGCGUGCUAUUCUUUUGCUUGUUUCCAAAAUCAGUUUAUAGGGUUUUAUUGUUGCUACUAUUGUUCUCUAUCUAUAAACUUUCACCAUAUCAAUGGAUGGGCAUAUGAAGAAGAAACUCACUUGUGUUUUCAAACACUUGUGUUUGCAACAAGAUGACGAGUGCCACUACUCUCUUCCCUUCAAGGUCGCCGGCUGCGAUUGGCGGCUUGUUGCUUUUCGCAAAAGAGAUACGGAUGGUGGCUACUUGUCCAUGUAUCUGGAUCUCGCCCCUGGAACGCUCCCACCAGGAUGGAGAAGAGACGUGAAGUUUAGCCUCACUCUCGUGACUAAGGGCUUGCCUAGUUUGACCAAAACAUUAGGAGGGCAAGGCUGUUUCGAUGCAGAGAAUAACAGCUGUGGCUUUGAAGAGUUCUUGCCUCUUUCCAAACUUUGGAGAUACCUGGAUGAUUACAGACUCACUAUCAUCGCUGAACUAGACGUUAUCCCAGCUGUUGUGUUACCAGAGGAACCUGCACACAUGAUUAUUAAACCAUCUCUGAGCUGCAACCAAGCUUAUGAUGAUGCAUCUGUCAGUAGAUCUCAGGUGGAGCAAGUGUCUUGUCAAUUGGAGCAAAAAAAUGAGAACCAUGAUUCAGAUGAAAAUGGUGGUAAAUGGUUUAACACUGUGGCUUCUGUUAAGGAGAUUCAACCUGUAAAGGAGACAACUAAUGUCAACGGGUUUGAGGUUUUGUCUUCUCAGGUAGAAUCUGUGAAGCUUAUAUUCGAGAGACACCCAGACAUCGCUGUGGAGUUUAACGCAAAGAACCAACAUCUCAAGAACGCAUGUAUGAACUUCUUGCUAAGCUUAGUGGAGACGUUAUGCCAGUCACUUGAGAAGCUCUCCAAUGAAGAUCUAGUGGAAGCAGACAUUGCGUUGACAUACUUGAAAGAUGCAGGUUAUAAGGUGGAUUGGCUGGAGAAGAAGCUAGACCAACUAAAAGACAAAAAGGAGGGUGAGCAGUCUUGUUUGGCUCGGCUCCAAGAAAUCGAGGAAAAUCUACAGAAACUGAAGCAGAAGUGUUCAGAGCUGGAUGUUCUUGCGGAGGAGGAGAAGACAGAGUUGUCAGCCACAAGAACUGCUCUGUCUUUCGAUGAUAUUGUUUGAUUGAUGACUUAAUUUUGAUUUAUUAGGCAUUUUGGUGUUCUGAUAUCUUAGUUUCUUCACUGGUUUCUAAGUAGGCUUUUGCCACAAAGGUUUUUGCUUCUAACAACUUUGUUCU